AUUUCCCCAUACAAUUCCUACUUAAACCCACUUUCCAUCUCCCUCUCCUUGUACUCAAGCCAGUGAAAAUGGAUAGAAAUCAAAGCUUCUUCUUUUGUUUUUUGAUUCUUUCUGUUACGAUUGCAGCCACCGAGUCGCGGUGGAACAUAUUGGAUCACAGAACCAAGAAUGGACGGGACAUCAGCUUGAGAAACUACUGCGAGAGUUGGAGGAUGAAUGUCGAGCUCCACAACAUCAGAGAGUUCGAAACCGUGCCUCAAGAGUGCAUUGGAUACGUUGGAAAAUACAUUACUUCAACUCAGUACAAGGUGGACUCUGAGAGGGCGGUCGAGGAGGCGCUUGUGUACCUAAGCACUAGCUGCAAUCUGAAGAAAGAUGGUAGAGAUGCAUGGAUUUUCGACAUUGAUGAUACGCUCCUUUCGACCGUGCCUUACUACAAGAAACGAAAUUUCGGGGGUGAGAAGUUGAACCUGACUUCUCUGGAGGAAUGGAUGAGCUGUGGAAAGGCACCUGCUUUAGAGAACUCACUCAAACUCUUCAAUGAGAUGAAAGGCAGAGGGUUGCAGAUCAUUUUGGUUUCUUCAAGGAGGGAGCUUCUAAGAUCACCCACAAUUGAUAACCUUGUCAAUGUUGGCUAUUAUGGUUGGACAAGCCUUAUACUGAGUGGUACUGACGAUGAACUGGGAGGAGUGCAGAAUUACAAGAGUAGAGUGAGAAAGCAAUUGAUUGCCGAUGGUUACACCAUUUGGGGCAUUGCGGGAGACCAAUACAGCAGCAUCAAUGGACUUCCUACCGCCAAAAGGACAUUCAAACUCCCAAACCCAAUGUACUACACUUUCUGAAGAUUUACCACAUUUUACUUUAUAUCCCUUCAAUUUUAUCAGAAUUUCAUGCAACUAAAUAGACUUUGAAUGAAGAAUUAUGAAUGAAAAGGUGAAAUUAUGAUCA